AUGGCAACGACUGAGCUCCAACAGUCAAGUUCUGAUCAUGAUACAGAAGGUCAAAUGUCAAGUUCUGGUCGUAUUAAACAUGGCGGUUGGAUCACUUUUCUCUUCGUCACUGGAACUGUGAUGGGCUUGACACUUGCUGCUUGGGGAUGGAUAUCAAACUUGAUGGUUUAUCUUAUAGAAGAGUUCAAUGUGAAGAGUGUUGAUGCUGCUCAGAUUUCAAAUGUGGUCAGUGGUUGUAUCAGUCUGUCCACGGUAGUCGCAGCAAUCAUUGCAGAUUCAUUCUUUGGCUGCUUCUCUGUUAUCUUUUUUUCUUAUUGUAUCAACUUGCUGGGCUCUAUUCUUUUUGCUUUAACCGCAAUGCUCGAUUCCUUGAGGCCACCGCCGUGCGAAAGAGGGUCGUUGGACUUGUGUAAACCACCAUCAAGAGUACAGUUUGGAGUGCUCUAUUCUGGCUUGGCUCUGUUAUCAGUUGGAGCAGGAGGUCCUCGUUCUGUCAUUACUACAAUGGGUGCAAACCAGCUUAAUAGGCCAGAAGAUCGAGCGAUUUUCUUCAACUUGUACUUCUUUACAAAUUACAUGUGUGCAGCGAUAGGCUCAACAGCCAUUGUGUACAUUGAAGACAAUGUUAGUUGGGCAUUGGGUUUUGGGAUAUGUGUUCUUGCUAGUUUAAUUGGUUUGGCCAUUUUCUUGUCCGGAAGGCCUUUCUAUUGUUAUGAUAAGCCUCCAGGUAGACCGUUCUUGGAUUUAGCCCGCGUAAUUGUCGCUUGUUUUCGUAAAAGGAAGCUCCCGCUCUCAUCCAGAAGUGAAGAUUACUAUUAUGGGUUUGAUGGAAAGGCAAAUACAGUUGAUGCAACUCCUGCAAAGAAUUUCAGGAUUCUGAGUCGAGCAGCAUUGAAAACUGAAGGAGACUUAAAACCAGAUGGCUCAGUUGCAAAACCAUGGCGGUUGUGCACAGUUCAACAAGUAGAAGAUCUAAAAGCUCUCAUAAGAAUUCUCCCACUGUGGUCAUCAAAUUUAUUUGUGAGCACUCCAAAAGCAAUCCAAGCCAGCUUAACAGUCCUCCAAGCUCUAACCAUGGAUCGCCACCUCGGUUCACACUUCAAAAUCCCAGCAGGGUCUUUCCAAGUACUAGUCUUUAUAUCAAGUUCUAUAUCCGUUGUACUAGUUGAUCGUUUCCUUUUUCCCAUGUGGCGGAAGCUGACUAGUCGAUCUCCAACUCCUCUCCAACGAAUUGGAGUAGGCCACACGAUGGUUGUGCUUUCCAUGGCGGUCUCAGCACUUGUGGAGUCAAAACGCCUCAAAGUGGCACAUAACCAUGGUCCUAAUUUUGUUCCCAUGUUGGCCUUAUGGCUGUUUCCACAGCUGGUUUUGGUUGGAAUUGGAGAAGCAUUUCAUAUGCCCAGCCAAGUUGGUCUCUACUACCAAGAAUUUCCCAUGUCACUUAGAAACACAGCAACUUCCAUGGCAGCAAUGGUAUAUGCCAUUGCAUUCUACUUCAGCUCGGCUCUGAUCGAUCUGAUUAGGAGGGUUACUGAAUGGUUACCGGAUGAUAUAAAUAAAGGGAGACUUGAUAAUGUGUACUGGUUGUUAGUUGUGGUGGGCAUUCUCAACUUUGGCUAUUUUCUAAUGUGUUCCACUUUCUUCAAGUAUCAAAGCAAUGCUGAUAAGGAAAGAUAUGUUAGCAACUCUGGGUCUGAUAUGUAA